AUGGGUGCAAUUGUUCAUGAAUAUCAUUCUGUGCUUCGCUUUCCCACUUUCUUCUCUUUCAGCAAGCAGCCCAAGCUGGGAAAAUCCAUUUUCUCUUUGAAAGAUGUGCCUUCACCCUUUGAGCGAAAGGGCCUUCACUUAACUGUGUCCUGCAUUGGAUCUGAAGGAAAUGGAGGAGACCAACCUCCUCGGAGGCGUUCAGCUUCAGGAAGAACGAAUAAGAACGAUGGAACCAAGAAACGUGGACCAGCUGGUAAAAAAUCUAAGGCAUCUGACCAGGAAGAGAUCAUUUCUCUAUUCAGACGGAUACAGACUUCGAUCUCGAACAAAGAGUCUGUAAAUGCUAAGAAGAUAAAUUCCAAUGUCUCUGAAGAUAGCCCCUCUUCUGAGUCAAUUCUUCAGGCUCUUUAUGGAUCGAGGAAGCAAAAAGGCAAAGCUUUAGACAAGGCAGGGCAAGAGGUCUGGACAAGGAGGAAAGAUACGCAAGAGCAGCAAAUACAGGAGGAUCCCUCAGUUGCAGAGUUCAAGUUAACGCGCCCACCGUCUAAAUUUGUGAAAAGAUCUCCGAUUCCAUCUCAAUCAAUCCCAAGAGGACAAGUUCUUGAGCUGAAUAACGGAGCAUCAUCUUCUGCGGCUGGAAGAAUAGAAGAAAUGAAACUCCCUGAGUUGAAAGAACUGGCAAAGACCAGAGGAAUUAAAGGUUACUCGAAACUUAAAAAGAGCGAGCUCGUUCAACUGCUGAAGUCCUAAAGCAAUGUAAAACCUUGCCCAUAUAUUUGUACCAGAGCAUUAUUUGUAAGUGACAGAUUGAAUUUCACCUUACGUUCUUCAAAAUGUUGUGCAGUCCUAGCUACCCACAUUUUACAGGUUGGCCACCGAAGUAUGGUUGUUUUUAAACUCAAAACUCAAUGCUCUCUGGCUCCUAAUUGAUUUUAGGGUUCUGAUA